AUGCCAGGUACCACCUCUUCUUGGGAAGUUGUAAAGGAUCCAUUAAUUGCCAGUUCAUUAUCCCUGGUGAAGCUUGUACUUAGGCGACAAUUGGAGGAUAAAAGCUGCCCUAUACCGCACAAGUUUGAAAAAGCAAAACCCUCGAAGCGAUUAAAGCCCAAGGACAACUCAACGAUGAAAGCCGCUCAACAGCGCAGGGUCAGAAACUCCAUCGGUUCCGAGAGCAAGCAGCCAGCGGGGCAGCUGGGCUCGCCUAGGCUUAAGAGGCCCAUAGGAAGCAUCAGUGAGAGUAAAGAAAGUUCAAAGGAGAAAAAAGUAACUGUCUGCCAAGAUCUUGAGGAAAGUUAUGCUGAACAUGUGGCCGCCACCCAAGCGCUACCCUGGGACAGUGGGACAGCAGCCUGGAAGGGCCAGGCAUUGCUUCCUGAAGUCAGAAAGAGAGAGUUGUCAGAGGACACACUCACCAUCCACGGCCUCCCCACAGAGGGUUACCAAGCUCUGUACCAUGCUGUGGUUGAGCCAAUGCUAUGGAAUCCCUCAGGGACCCCCAAGAGGUACAGCUUGGAGCUGGGCAAGGCCAUUAAACAGAAGCUCUGGGAAGCCCUGUGCAGUCAGGCCACCAUCACUGAAGGUGCUCAGAAGGACCAGUUGCUGGGCAGGAAGCAGCCCCAUGUCAGUGAGGAGCCUGUGCCAAAAAAAAUGGCCCAAGUUAAAGAGUAAGAAAUAGGAACAGGAGCUCAUGAGAUUAGGAUAUUCUCUGCUAGAUGUCUGAAAAAUAAACACCACUUUGUACCUUCCAUGUGAUCUCAGAGUGCUUUACAAGUUAGUAGCUACCCUUCCCGGGCAACAACAAAAAUGGGUUAGGGAUUUUCUCAAGACUGAGGGCCCCUCUCCACUCUCAUGAUGUUGUUUCUAGGGCUAGUUGCUUGGGGCUUUAGACAAUGCCCUCUUCCUACACAUGUUCGAGGUUGUCGAGUUGGUUCCAAAUCAUAGCAGAACGGAAC